GUGUGUGCUUGUGGUGUGUCCUGCCACCAUGCAGGUGUGUGCUUGUGGUGUGUCCUGCCACCAUGCAGGGGACUGCCUCUCGUUCCAUUCAUUCCCAUUUGCCAUAUCUGACUUUCUGUCUUCUGGCUCCCUCGUCUGCCUCUCUGAAUUUCUUCCUCCUCUUCUUCCCUCCUUCUCCCUCCCGGCCCACCAACAGAGGUACCUGGCGUCAAUGGAGGGGGCGGUGCUGUCAGGCAAGCAGUGUGCGGAGCAGAUCGCCACGCGGGGGGCGGGGCGCAAGCCGCUCACGGGCAUUUCAGUCCAGGACUUCCUGCAGAGGCAACCAGAGAUGGCCACCGUGUCUCUUGCUGCUGCUCUUGGGGUUGCUGCCACUGCUGCUGCCCUGCUUGCUGCCUCAACAGCAGCCACUGCUUUGCCACUGUGA